CCUUCAUUUCUCUAAGCUUCAUUGCAGCUUCUCUCCCUCUGUCUCUCUCUAUAUAUAAACAGGAACCCAGCUUCUGAUUCAUCAUCAAUAUCAAAUUCAAAUUUCUUCUCUUCAAAAGCUUUUGAUUCUUAGCUUAAAUCCCCUGGUUCUACCCAUUUAAAGAAAGAGAGAAGGAAGAUGAGUGUGGAAGUUUUGGACGGUGCCACCAUUGUGAACUUCGUGGAGGACGAAGAAGCGUUCACUGUAUCAGUACGUGACCGUUUUGAUAACCUUGAUACAGACCAAGAUGGUCUUCUUUCCUAUGCAGAAAUGUUGAAGGAGCUGCAGAGUCUGAGGGUUUUCGAGACUCACUUUGGAAUAGAUGUGAAGACAGACCCAGAAGAGCUGGCCCGAAUUUACAGUUCUCUGUUCGACCAGUUUGAUCAUGACUUGAGUGGGAGAGUAGAUUUGGAGGAGUUCAAGGAAGAGACGAAGCAGAUGAUGCUGGCCAUGGCUAAUGGGUUGGGUUUCUUGCCUGUUCAGAUGGUGUUGGAAGAAGAUAGUCUCUUGAAGAAGGCUGUGGAGAGGGAGUCUGCUUCUGCUUUUGCUGCUGCUUAAAAAUUUUGCCAUGCUCUACUUUCUAUUAACGCUGCAACUGAUCCAUUUUCUAUUUUCUUCCUUGUUGUCAUUAAUUUUUCCAUUGCAUGCAUGUAAUCUUUAGAGCUUUUACCAGUGAAAAAUAAAUG